CAGCGCCAUAGCAGUGCAGCCUGAGCAGGUGAACAUGGCCGCCGCAGGAGAGUGGGAGCUGGUCAAAAACUCGAGGAAGAAAGCCUCCUCUGUGCCAAAUGGAAAGCUCAGCAAAGAAGAGAGGAAAAACUUCAUCGAAAAGACCCCCAGAGUGACAGCGACGGGAGCAAUAGAAUCACCAGCAGCCGGUAAGGAGAACCGCAAGCCCAAAGCAUCCAAGAUUGUUAAUGCACCAAAAAAGAAACCUGAGAAGAAACAUAAUGAAGGCCCACAUCAGCCAGGCACUCUGCAGGAGGCCAUAGGCAGACUCAAUGUAGGACAAAUGCAGAACCUGCUGGAUGUUGUUAAGUCACGGUUUCAUGACUCCCCAUUGAUAUGGCUCAAAGACCUGACCUCUUACCUCAAUGUACGAAUCAAUCCAAUCCACGCACCCGACCCUGCUUUCAGGGGCCAACCACCCUUGUAUCCAACAUCUAUGCUCAGUAAUGGGGUGAAGAAUUUAUUAAUUGAAACGUUCACAAGCUGUAAUGACUCUGUGUUGGCAGCGUUUCACAAGCACUGCAUCACUUCAAUGGUACAAGAACAAGUAAAGGGACUCAGUGUUGUCGGGUACAAACUAUUUAUACAAAUGCUAUCCAUCCAACAUCCACAAGCGGGUUUAGUCAAUCUACCAUUUUACUGUGAGCUGCGGCACAGCAUUCAGAACCAGACUCCUACCUGCCUCUCCCUCCUGUGGGCAGUAGGGCAGCUUGGCCACAAUGACUUCAUUACUGGCUUAAAAGUGUGGCUAGACCUGAUGGUACCUCUCAUUGGUCUGAAGCACUACUCUGCAUUCGUGGUGGACUAUGGCAGCACAGUGUUUGGGAGUGGUGGGGGAGAUGGUGCCCAGUCCUGUGGGGAAGUACUGGGUGUGCGGGAAUUCUUCACCAUACUGGACUUCACCUGGUCUUCAUCAGGAUCUCUAACCAAGCCUGUCCAGAGGCAGCUAUUUGCCCUGUAUCCCAAAGUGAAAACAGCAGCUUUUAGUUCCAGUCCAGAAGUUACAUUACGAAACUUCUUCCCAUCCUUUCUGCGACGCCUGGAUGUAAACAUUACUCAUCUAUUGAGAGUUGAGCUGCUGACCUGCCUAGUACAGUGCUUGACACAGGACCCUCAGUGUUGGAAUGUGUGGUCACAGCUAUAUCUGAAACACCUGGUACAGUCAUCCGUCCUGCUGGAUCACUUAGGGAGAGAGUGGAAGGUAUUGAACCAGUCACUAAGAAUUAAGAGGAAGGAAGUGAGAGAGACCAUAGAGAAAUUUGCCCAGAGCAACAAGCAGAUGUCCCACAAGGCUGCAGCUGUACCUGGAGUCCUUGAAGCAACACAUGCCACUGAGACACUCUUAAAGCAGAUGAACACUGUAAAGAAAACGUCACAUCGACCCAGUUUACUUAACUUCUUGACCAUUCUGCUGGUGACAGCAGUUGUAUGGGACAUCCGAAGUGCUGGAUCUUUCAAAGGAUCAAAAUUAGGACAGACCAUAGAAAGGCUAGGAUUAACUCCAUACCUGAUAACAGCUGGAGAAUAUGGUAGAGCUGCAUUUAUUCAUUCUUAUAGGUGGUGUGCAACAAACUUACCAGUGUACUACAGUCGAGGGUGUGAACUGGCAGGUCCUUAUCUUCUCCUCUUGCUGGAGAAAGUUGAAUGGGUUUUUGCUUACUGCUGGGCUGCAAUGAACUCAGCCUCUCAGUACAUCCCUCCUUUAAAAGAAAAGAUGGAAGCUACACUUCCUGGUGCAACUGCUUCUUUAAGUUACUAUUGUGGUAUUGUUCUGCAGUCAUUGCAAGACGGGUUCCUCUACAUACAAAAUGCAUCUUCACCGUACUUGGCACAGGCUCAUGCUUUUGUGUCCUCCAGAAUUUUUGUAGGACCACUUGCUCCUGAAAAAUUACAAGAGUAUGUGGUGGGUGCAGCUGAGUAUGUGAGCCAGCUUUUCCUGCAGCUGCAUGCUUCCCUUGUUAGUGCCCUUGAGGAGGCCAACAACGGUAGCAAAACCAGCUAAGCUGCAAUAUGGAUGCUCUCACAAAAAAAUUCAUUAGUUUGGUUGCCACUUUGGGUUCACAUGUUCGGAAUUGGAUGCAGUACAUGUUAUGGGGUUUAUUAGGUGACAAGGUGUUUGCAUUCCAUGAGUAAAAUUAUAGGUCUUAUAUAACUUAAAAUAAUCUCUGUGUUGAUCAUUGACAAGUAUUGAGCAUAUUGGUUUCAAAGCAUAUACAAAUGAACUAACAUAUUUAUUGUGUGCAAGUUGUAGAUUGAACUUUGCUCAAAACUUAUAUAUAUAUAUAUAUAUAUAUAUAUAUAUAUAUAUAUAUAUAUAUAUAUAUAUAUAUAUAUAUAUAUAUAUAUAUAUAUAUAUAUAUAUAUAUAUAUAUAUAUAUAUUUUUUUUUUUUUUUUUUUUUUUUUUUUUUUUUUUUUUUUUUCUCUCAAGUGCACAAGCUAUGUCUUAUGUCUUAAGGAAUUUAGCUCCUCAUAAGAUAUGCUGGAGUGCAACCUGUGCCUUACAGCUCGCUAGCAAUAGCCUCGCCUGUAGGAACCAUUCUUUGCUUUUAUCUCAUGUAGGAAUGUGAUAUUCUUACUGGUCAUAAAGGUAUAUAAUUUUAAGGUGAGGAUUGUCAUAUUUUUAUUAUUAAUGGUGUGUACCAAAAAUAAUUUAUUGUACGCGCACUAUUUUUCCGCAUUCUUGUAAUAAAUUGUUGCCAACAAGAACUUUUAACACUGGAAGGCUACCAUUGACUUACUGGAUAGCCAAGUGGUGGUGUGAUCCACAGUGAAGGAUUUACUUUCACAUUCUGUGGGAUAUCUCUCUCUCUCUCUCUCUCUCUCUCUCUCUCUCUCUCUCUCUCUCUCUCUCUCUCUCUCUCUCUCUCUCUCUCUCUCUCUCUCUCUCUCUCUCUCUCUCUCUCUCUCUCUCUCUCUCUCUCUCUCUCUCAAUCCACUCAUUUGAAGAGGGUAGUAUGUGACACUAGUGAUUUCUUUGCAAGAGUGGUUUUACAGUGCAAAAUCUCUCACUACAUGACAUGACAAUUUUUAGAUUUUUUUUAGUCUUAUAAAUAUUUCUUCACCAACAGAUACACUGAUAAAGAAUUUGAGUUUCAUGGCAAUAAUCUUAGUUUUUUCAUUUCAUGUUUUUGUUUUUAUGUUUUAGUGUGUAGCAUCAAUUUUUAUCUUUAUCUAAAAAAUAUGUGCAGUAAAACAAUAUUAUGACAUAUCUAAAGACAAGUGAAAGCCAAGAAGGACAAGUACGGAGAUGUGGAUGUUUUUCAUUAAUCUUGGACAUUUUUUACCAUAAUAUAUUACAUCUAUUAACUCCUGUUUUUUCAGUACUUGACACAACAGAAAGGUUGUGAGUUUGAUCCUAGCAAAUGUCAUUUUGUUGAUGGAAAAGGCAGUCUUCUUUUAUAACCCAAGUCACACCAUAUUAGUUUAUUCUUAUAUCUUCAUACCUCAGUCAUUUAAGUUCCUCCCCAUUCCCCAACCAAAAUAUAAUCUGCAUUUUCUGUCUGCAUCACAACCUCUUUCCAUCUCACGUACUUUGCUCACCCUUCCUAAUACUCACCUUAGCAUUUUUUUGUGGAUCUCAACAAACUAAAACUUUUCCUGAAGCAGCUACUUCUUAUUUGUGUUCAUAAUUGAGAAUCUAUUAGAGGCUGGUGAGUGGACAGUUGAUAAGCCCAUUUAAUCCUUCCUCUCCACUGGAGGAUUUGAAUCCUGAAAUGAGCUAAGAGUUCAUAGAUGACCAUACCAGGGACAAGGCAGUGACACACACACACACACACACACACACACACACACACACACACACACACACACACACACACACAUCCCCUUCCUCAAGAGGAAUGGUGACCCAGUAAUAGAGGGAAAAUUUUGGAUCUGAGCUGGAUUCAAUCUCUUGGUUUUCUCAGCCAGCAGUGAGUCACACCAAGCAUGUGACAUUUACUUUACUGCACACCAACUCUUUCCUUCACACAUGUACAUCUUUUGCUGUUUUUAAUGCUGAGGCCCCUGUCAUUCUAUGCUUCUUUUUGCCAAUAUCUCUUUAUUCUAUCUAGUUGUUCCCCUCUCUUUGUUACUUUUUACUGGGAUCUAUAUAAUGCUUUGUCAAUCAAAAAACAUGUCACCAUUUGACACUAUAGCUCUUAUUGCCAGAGUAAAAUGGCCCAUUACUAUCCAAAGUACUGUACAUCUUUUUUUUUUUUUUUUAUACUGCCAGCCCUCAUAAACUAAUUUCUCAAGCACAAUCUGCAUUUACAGAAAUUGUGGAUUAAAAGAAAAAAUUGGCCAAUAUGACUUGGAUUCACAAUUGCACUAUUUAGAAGUUUCAGAACCUUUUAGUCAUCUUGAAAAGAGCUUUUCAUGUAAAAAAAAAAAAAAUGAUGGUCCAAAAGGAAUAUGCAUUCAAUUGAAAUCAUAGUAGGCAUUAUUUUUUCUCCAUUCUUUCAUGAAAAACACAACACCUUCAAAAUGAGGCAAUGUAAUUGGCUUGGAAAUUUUAAAUAAUUUAAAUUUACAGCCUACAGUAUCAUCUUGGUACCUUAGAAUAUUCUGCUUAAUACUGUCAAUUUACUGUAUACAAAAAAACAUUUAUAUAAUAAUAACAAUUAAUAAUGAUUGAUAUAAUAAUAAAAAUCAAGCACUUGCUACACUGCUGGUUC